CCUGUUUUUACAGAGCCGCUGCUGCAACCUCAUUCAAAUUGUCAAGGCAAGGCACCUGGCAGGGUGGACGUGCAGUGGGUGGACGCUCCAAACGCAGAGUUUUGUGUGCAGGAACGGGGCGUUCAAGGCGCAUGCAUGAAGCAGUUGCGACCUAGGAAUUUGGUGACAACUGCAUCCAGCAGUUGUGAGAAAGGCAGUAGCAGGCGGCGCGGUUACAUGUGGGUGUGGGAAUAAACAGCGAGGGAAACGGUGGCGAACAAGUCGUUCCAAAGCUAACGGCCUCGACGAAGUCUCUUGGCACAUUUUCCCAUGUCGAAUGCUGGGGGGCAGCGUCUCCUUGUGUGAGCGGCUCCAGGCGGCCAGCCUCAGCUUCGUUCUGCAGCAGCAAUUGAUUGGUCCGUGCUCCAGAAAGGGCCUGGUCUUUGACAAGGGAUUGGGCAGAGGCAACAAGCAUAUUUUGCAAACGCCUACUUGUCAAUCUGCAAGAAGCUCUCCUCCAAUUGUUUGCGCAAACGAGGGAGCAGAGCUCAUUUGGAGUGCGCCAGUCGGCGGUGCAAAUAACAAUUCUGCAGCGAAGAGGAGCAGCUACGUCCCGAACGCCGAGCCUUCUCGCGCCAUCUCUGUCAUCCAGAGGAUUGCCAGGGCGUUCAGGCAGAGAGGGGCCAUGUCUAAAGCGCGGGUGUAUGCAGACGUGAAUGUGCAGAGGCCGAAGGAGUACUGGGAUUAUGAGGCGCUGACGGUACAGUGGGGGGACCAAGACGACUACGAAGUCGUGCGGAAGGUCGGUCGCGGCAAGUACAGUGAGGUCUUUGAGGGGGUGAACGCAAUCAACUCGGAAAGGUGUAUCAUCAAGAUCUUGAAGCCCGUCAAAAAGAAAAAGAUCAAGCGAGAGAUUAAGAUUCUGCAAAAUCUUUGCGGCGGCCCAAACGUGAUCAAGCUGUUGGACAUCGUGCGGGAUCCCCAGUCCAAGACGCCCAGCCUCGUCUUUGAGUUUGUCAACAACACCGACUUCAAAGUCCUUUACCCGACCCUCACGGACUAUGACAUUAGGUACUAUAUAUACGAGCUACUCAAGGCGCUUGACUACUGCCACUCGCAGGGCAUCAUGCACCGGGACGUGAAACCCCACAACGUGAUGAUCGACCAUGAGCAGCGGAAGCUGCGGUUGAUAGACUGGGGCCUCGCAGAGUUUUACCACCCCGGCAAAGAGUACAACGUCAGGGUCGCUUCCAGAUACUUCAAGGGCCCCGAGCUUCUGGUCGACCUGCAAGAUUACGACUACUCGCUGGACAUGUGGAGCCUGGGCUGCAUGUUCGCGGGCAUGAUCUUCCGAAAAGAGCCCUUCUUCUACGGCCACGACAACUACGACCAGCUCGUCAAAAUCGCAAAGGUCCUGGGCACGGACGAGCUGUACGCAUACUUGAACAAGUACCGCAUUGAGCUGGACCCCCACCUGGAGGCCCUCGUGGGGCGGCACAGCCGCAAGCAGUGGUCCAAGUUCAUCAACGCGGACAACCAGCACCUCGUCUCGCCAGAGGCCAUCGAUUUCCUAGACAAACUCCUCCGGUACGACCACCAGGAGCGCUUGACCGCGAAAGAAGCACAGCAACAUCCGUACUUCUACCCCGUGCGCCAAAAUGAAGCAAAUCGAUAGCCAUUCUCCUGCCGGCCUGGUUUCGAGGGUUCUAUUUGAUAGGCCGCCAACGCUGGCGCUAGCAGUGUCGUAGUGGAUCCAACACGUAUGGUUGUAGAUAAUGGUGGAUUUUCAAUCAUGUUGCGAAGACCAUUGGAUGUUGGUGACAACGUUGAGCAGAGUACUGAAUGCUGGAGCUAACGGCUCAGGAGGCGUUUCGAGAAAUGUAUCAAGAAGUAGAUCGAAGGGGGCAGGUGCAAGCUGCAAAGUAGGAGUCUAUUCAGAAUGGUAGGUUUCCGCGUGUGUGCUUGCUAGAUAUGCGCUUGGCACGCUGAUUGGCCCCCGCGCCAAUUAUGAUUGUGCUGUGAAGCAUUGACGACAAUAAUCAGAUGCCUUAGAGGAUACACCAUCAUGGUCGGGCGGGAUGCCAGACCACUGUCGCAUAGUAGCGGCAUCAGCACUGCUGCACGUACAUGACUGAUCCGAGAGGCCGUCAAAAAUUGCAUUGCAGUGCACAAAAUAGUUUUCGACCACGGCGAAUACCCAACUCCAACGGUCCAUUCGGUUAGGAAGUUCGGCAUGCUGUAAUUUGAUCCGUUUAAGCUUAUAUUUUGGUACGGCAUAUGUGCGACCAUGAUUUGCCAG